UCUCUCUCUCUCAUUCAAUUCAAUUCCUCUGCAAACUUUCUUUUUCCCUCUCCAUCUCCAUUUCAUCUCCAUAGCCCAUCCAACAAAUCAAUUCCUUCCAAUUCAUAAUCCUCACCGAUAUUUCUCCGGCGAUUCGACGGAUUCCAGAUGGAGGAGUCUCGCGCCAAUGCGUUGUUCCAGAUGAGGAACGCGAUCGAUGGAGCCGGCGAAGGGAGCGAAGAUGUUCGUGCAGUGGAGGAAGUGGAGGGAGGCGAUGGUUCCGGAGGGAUCCGUGUGCGAAUCGGAGGUUGCGGAGGAGUUGGAAGCGAGGAAGAUUUUCUUGCAGGGAUCGUCGAAGAAGGGACUGGCCGUGGUGAUUGUGAAGGCCAGUAGGCAUUUUCCUUCCAAGGAUCAACUCCAGUUCAAGAAGUUUGUGGUUCAUCUCUUGGAUAAGGUCAUUGCAAGCGGUUGCAAAGGAAGAGAAAUUGGGAAUGAAAAGUGGAUUGCCAUUGUUGAUCUGCAUCAAAUCUCAUAUAAGAAUGUUGAUCCACGUGGCCUCAUCACAGGGUUUCAAUUUUUACAGAACUAUUAUCCGGAGCGUUUAGGGAAGUGCUUCAUUUUAAACAUGCCAUGGUUUUUUGUUAGCAUUUGGAGAAUGGUUUCUCGGUUCGUCGAUAGUGCAACGUUGAAAAACAUUCUAAUUGUGAGCAAUGAAGAAGAAAGAAGAAUUAUGAUAGAGGAAGUUGGAGAAGUAUUGCCUGUCGAGUAUGGUGGAAAGGCAAAGCUUAUUGCUCUUCAAGAUGCUAUCAUAAUUCCUCACUUGGAUGCUUAAUAAUUUAAUGUUAGGGAAAUUAAAUUAGCUCCUCUCUCUCUCUGUCUCUCUCAUGGAUGUUUUUAUGUUGUAAAAUUUGUUUCUAUCUCUUCAAAAUGGUCAUUGUGAAUUGCAACCUUCAAUAAUCAAACUUGAUCACUGACCCAACUCCAUAGCAAAAAUAGGUUCGAUGUUUGAAUAAUAUUUAGGUGUUUAUCGUUCGGUA